AUGAACAUCUGGAAGCUCUCCAAAACUCUCUGGAAUACGAAGACAUUGAAGGAACCAAGGCAAGGCCAAAUUAGUAGGGUUUUUGUAAAGUCAGGACAACUAGUUGGAAGUCUAGAUAUAGCCAUUAGGCUUCCAAUGGCUACAUCUAGAAGACUAUCUGGAAGUUCAA